AUGUCGCAAGCGACGGCGGCCUCGGACUCUAUACCAACUGGGAGGCUUCUUGUCUCGACACACGUCUCUGCUCUAUGGGACCCUGACAACGCGACGUCUAUCCCGGUCACGACUUCUCGCAUCCACACCUCCCUCCCCGCAUCUCGUAGCGAGUCGGACCCACCGUCCGAGCACGCGUCUCAGGCGACUUUCUUCCACUCAGCGCAGACAGGCUCUUUGACCGCACGUGUCUUGAGCAAUGGUCUCGUGCUCGAACUCAUUUCGCUCACAACUGCCGCAAAUCCCCUUCGAUUUGCAUUCCCGGCUACGCUUCUCCCUAGUCCGGGCGUGCUCCUAUGGCAAGAGCGCGAACUGCACAUCAUUGCGGUCACUUCCCACGGAUCACUUUACCGACUAGUGAUACCGCUCUACGGAGCCGCUGAGGGCACACUCUGGAGCGAGCUUCUGCCCUCAAACUGGUGUCGGGAAUACCAGAUCCGGCAUGCACCACCGUCGUUGCAGGGACUCGUUCGGGUCCAGGGCGUGGACACGGUCGUGAUCGCACUUCACAAUGGGGGAAUCAUCAGGCUGGAUGCGGACGAUAUUGGCAGCGAUUCCAGACAUGAUCAUUGGUCCGAGAACCUCUUCCAACCCCAGUCAAUAUUCGCCACUCUCACAUCCUUCCUGAGUCAGUCGGCUACAGAGAGGGCACGCGUCAUCUCCAUUGCCAGCCACCCCCCACCAUCCGACAUCGCGCACACAUGGACCCUCUCCCGCGACCGUACCUUGCGGUUAUGGUCUUCGAAAAGCGGCUGCGUCGCCAGCCAUACACUUCCCCACACACUCGACUUUCAGCGUGAGGCAACACCGACUCAUGGAAGCCCAUCACCCGCUGUCCCAUUGCUCGACACAGAACCUCAACAUCUGUUGACGGUGUUUUCCAGUGAUGAGCGCCCAGAUGACGCGUUCGUCAUUGUCUUCAUCCCAACUUCAUCGUCAGCGACGUCGGGCGGCUAUUUCCAGCUUCUCUCUUGCAACGGCAACCAUCUGCGCGCUCUCGCCACGUUUGAGAGCGCCGCUGGAAGUGCCCACCACCAUGUCCAAGAUUUCAUGGUCGUUGAUGAGGAUCUCUACGUCCUCUGGGACUACGAGGGACAGUCCGUACUUCAUUCGGUACCCCUCCACGCAGCUUUCGGCUCUCGUUUGAAAGAGCCGAUCAGGAGAAACGACUGGGAAGUCAUUCGCUACCCUUACGAGCCCGAUCUUACCCCUGCAUAUCUUGACGAACUUCUCCUUGCAUCUGGAUCCCUCACGGAGAAGUUCUUCGAUGCUGUCACCCGUCCUGGCGUCUUCUCUCCCUACACCCUCAAUGUCGCAACUCAGCAAUAUAUUGCGGCAUAUGCCUCACUGCCAGGGCCAAUACCCGCCGCGUUGCAGACAUCGUACCCGACCAUCGGCGAAGCGAUAGCAUCCGUCGUCGGCUGCACUGUAUCACUAACACGCGACCCCGCCACUGGCGCUCUCCAACAAGAUCGGUAUUGGGCCGCGCUCAAGCGAGAUUGGGAAGGCUUCGUUGCGCGGUGUCGUGAGACCGAACGCUCCGCGCGUUGGCCUAUUUCACUGGGCAUUGAUGGCGAAGGUGUUCUCCACGUGCUGGAACGCGAGCGGAUCGGUGUUGUCGUAGAAGAGGACCUUGCGCUGCGCGUUCAUCGCGACCUGCGCGAUGGAGUUCGCGAUAUCGAGGACCACUUCGUCGCAUGCGACGUAGCCUGGCAGCUACGCAGGAAGCUUGAUGCGCGGGCCAUACGUACGGUGGAAGCGCUCGUGUCCGAAGCCGUGCACCAGGAGAUCGCGUACCCAUAUCCGGAUGUCCUCGCACAUAUGGCAGAAAAGUCCCAGGUCCGCGAAGUAUUGGGCGAAGACAACCUCGCAUGGUUCGACGGGGCGAUAUUGCGUGUUCCUGAUUCGUCCAACUUGCGUACUAGUCUGGACCUCAUUGGUGGCUUUGACCGCGCUGCGAAAACGGAAGACGACGAGACCGAGGCGGUGCUCCUCUCUAGUCCAGGCGAUACUGGCUUUACGCGGGCAUUAACGGCGGCCUACAUCACUCAUACGACCCUCGCGCGGCAUGAGCUCUGUGUAGCCCUUCUUGCUAUGCUGCUUUCAGAUGGAGAACGCGCAAGGACGGCCUGGGACUCCGUCAUCCUGGCAGACGUUCUAGCCGUCUUCCGCGGCAUCUCUAUGCUCCACGACCUGUCGACAGAGCCAGCGAUCGAGCCAGCACCGCCAUCCGGGCUCGACACCGACGCCGUUGUAGCACGCCUCCGUACACUCGAUGUCUCGCGGGCUCACGGGCAGAGCAGCGCGCCGGGCCCAUCGCUACUGUGGCACCUAUUCACUCACUACGGUGCUGCACCCCGUACACCCCUUCCCGCCGCAGCACACCUGUUUAUGGACGCGACCGGCCUCCUGAUGAGCGUAUCUCCCGCGGAAGCCUCCGCAUCUGAGGUUCUCUGUGCAGAGCGCCUUCGUGCCGCAGGACGCAUCGGCGCUUCACGCCGCCUUCUCGAAUGGCUCCCACGCGCACCAGGCGUGAUGUACGUCCGGUCACUCCUAUGGCUCGACAUCGGGCACGACGCAGAAGCCGCGGAGGCCAUGGAUUGCCUCGCUGGUGCCUUCGGUCAUGCGAGCGCUCUCAGCUCAGAAGACGGUGUUGCCCUGGCGUCCGUACUACCCAGCGGCCUGCUCUUCAACUCGGACUUCCAGUUCUACGUACAUGCAUCGGCAUUGUUCAAGGCAGCACAGUCAGUCGAGUACGAGGUACACUUCGCGAAGAAGGCCAUCGCAUGCGCGCCCGUGGGCUGGGACACGUUGGGACUAUGGAGUGAUGUGAUCCAUGGGUCGAUUGAGCUGGGCCUUUGGGACGAGGCUUAUGCUGCCCUCAUGGCCUCGCCGCACGACAAGCUGAAGCGGGACUGUGCACGUCAAUUAGUGCAUCGCAUGUGUGAGGAGCAAGCGAUUGAACGACUUGUUCGCUUCAGUUUCGGCGGACUAGUUGACGAAGUCGUCGAGAGCCUUGCGUUCAAGGCGCGUAAUGCGGACCCCCGCGUGCGCCCAUCAUACUCACGCAUCCUGUACGCGUGGUACAUGGCGCGCUCGGACUUUCGUUCGGCGGCAAAGGUCAUGUACCAGCGUUCUCGAAAGCUCACUGCCCUCACGGCCGUCGAACCCGAUCAGUAUUUCCCGCUCGCAGAGGCCAAUCUCGAGUCGCUCCUCGUCUGCAUGAACGCCCUCGCGCUCGUCGACUCGAAGAACCCCUUCAUUGUGGUGGCCUAUGCUCCAGGUCCUGGCCGCGUUCCACUCACGAAGAAUGUUCCGGAGGACCGCCUAGGCGGUGCACGGCGCGACUCAGAGUACCUCACUCGCGAUGAUAUUCUGAGAGAAUAUACUCUGCUGUCCGCUCAACUUGAGCUCGUACGCACGGAACCGGAGCUUUUGUCGAAUGCCGAUACGCUCCUCACCGCUGAGGGUGUCGUCAUGCGACUGUCGCUCGCAAGUCGCUACGAGACGGCCUUGAAGGUGGCGAGAACGCUGAAGGUCGAUGCUUCGCCUGUCUUCACUCGGCUUGCAAUCGAGUGCGUGCGUCUCUCGCGGGCAACGGAUCCCGUCAUAACGGAGGCCAUGACAGACUGGCUUCUCACUGACAAAGCGACAUCCUGGGCCGGGACAUGGCCCGCACGAGCCUGGCGCUACCUCCGUGAAGCUUUGACGCGACAUGAUGGACCCGCGACGGACUACGACUAUGCGAAGGUGGUGUUCGAGACCAUAUGCGGCCUCGAGCACGGCAGCGCUCCACCGCCGUGGUUAGUGCAGACGCUGGAGGCCCAUCAUCCCGAGUGGCUGAUCCGGACGGCUAUGCGCUUCGAUAUGUUGGACUUCGCCCUGGAACAGACGUUGGCGCUCUUCCGCGCGAGUAAUGCCAGGCUGGCGCAAAGCCCGCCGCAUACGGCCAGUGCGACAUGGUUGCCUUACACGCUCAUCGACCAACUGUUGUUCGCCACUUCCAACCAGAACGAACAGUCACCGCGCGGUAAAGGACUGAGGAAAGAUGUUCAGGCCGCGCUAUCAAGUCGAUUGCGUAACAUGGAGAAGACCACCGCUGCGCUGGGAUGA